AUGUCCGCUUAUGACGGGAACCGAAUAAUCGCAGUCAAUGCUGCAUCAUAUGCCGAUGAGAGUGUCCCCAGCGAACGAAGCGACGCGCGUAACAUCGAGGCACGCCUCAAACAAUUCCUGACCGAGUUUCGUGUUCGAAACGAAUUCGUUUACAGAGAUAAAUUGCGUGAAAAUGUGGCACUUAAGUUGUUUUACCUUGAAGUCGAUACCCAGGACCUGGUCCUAUACAGCGACGAUCUUGCCUCGGUGAUUCAAGAAAAACCGGGUGAAAUACUUCCCCUAUUCGAGAAUGCUGCUGUUCAAGUCGCUCGCCAACUUUUGUAUCCGAAUAUUGUACAGGGGUCAGUGCAAGAAAAGCAAGAUGAACUGGCGCGUAUCAUCCCUAGCAUUCAAAUCAUGCUCCGUUCGGGCCAAAAUAUGACGAGUUUCAGAGAUUUAACUGCCAACACGUUCUCGCGUCUAGUCAGGAUUCCAGGCAUUGUUGUUUCGGUAUCAGUUCUUGCUUCGAGGGCGACGAAGCUGCACUUGAUGUGUCGAGCUUGCCGAGGAACCAAGAUCCUCUAUCCACAGCAGGGGCUGGGAGGGAUCGGAAGUGGGGGUGACCGUGGUCUACCGCGGGUGUGUGAUGCCCCUGCGCCUGAAGGACAGAAGAAGGAUUGUCCUAUGGAUCCAUACCAGAUUGUCCACGAGCGCUGCCUUUUUGUAGACCACCAAACGAUCAAGCUUCAAGAGCCGCCUGAUAUGGUACCAGUUGGUGAACUGCCCCGACACAUGUUACUCUCCGCCGAUAGGUACUUAACUUCCCGAGUCGUCCCAGGGUCACGCAUCAUCGCUACUGGGAUUUACUCCACAUACCAAGCUGCAAAAGGCCGACGGGAUGUUGCUUCGGCUCCUGCACUUCGUUCUGCCUACUUGCGUGUCUGUGGCCUUGACACUUCCACAUCCGGUUCGCCUGGGGGCGGUGGCGGUGGUUCUUUUGGAGCGCAAUUUACGGCUGCAGAUGAGGUAGCUUUUAGGGCGUUGGCGCGUACGGAGGGACUCUAUGAGAAGUUUGCCAGGAGCGUAGCCCCCAGUAUAUACGGGUCGCUAGAUAUCAAGAAAGCAAUCACUUGCUUGUUAUUUGGGGGCUCCAAGAGAAUACUGCCUGAUAACAUGCACCUCCGAGGGGAUAUCAAUGUCUUAUUACUUGGUGACCCUGGUACCGCCAAGUCGCAGCUUCUGAAAUUCGUUGAAAAGGCCUCGCCCAUCUCUGUUUAUACAUCCGGAAAAGGAAGUAGCGCGGCCGGUCUGACAGCAGCUGUUCAGAGGGACCCCAUUUCGCGCGAGUUCUUCCUCGAAGGAGGAGCUAUGGUAUUGGCUGAUGGCGGUGUUGUGUGUAUCGACGAAUUCGACAAAAUGAGAGACGAAGACCGGGUUGCCAUUCACGAAGCUAUGGAACAGCAAACAAUUUCAGUUGCCAAGGCCGGAAUCACUACUGUCUUGAACUCACGUACAAGUGUACUCGCAGCAGCUAAUCCCGUGUUUGGGCGUUACGAUGAAGGCAGGAGUCCCGGAGAGAAUAUUGAUUUCCAAACCACUAUCUUGUCACGUUUCGACAUGAUUUUUAUCGUGCGUGAUGAGCACAACGAGAACCGAGACAAGGCGAUCGCUAAGCACGUAAUGAACAUUCAUAUGGAUCGGGCAGAAGACGAAACUGACGUCGAGGGCGAAAUCGAUUUGGAUACUAUGAGACGCUAUGUUGCCUUCUGCAAACAAACUUGCGCCCCACGGCUGUCUCCAGAAUCAGCCGAACUACUUAGCAGCCACUUUGUUGGCCUCAGGAAGGAGGUUCAGCAAGUCGAACGGGACAACAACGAACGCAGUUCCAUCCCCAUUACUAUCCGGCAACUGGAGGCUAUCACCCGAAUUUCAGAGGCUCUUGCCAAGAUUACAUUAUCCCCUGUCGUACUACCCAACCAUGUCGAAGAGGCGAUCAGGUUGUUCAAAUCGAGUACGAUGGAUGCUGUCGCCGCCGGCUCGACGGAUGGCCUUUCUCGCGGGGAAAUGAAUGAAGAGGUCACCAAGAUUGACAAAGAAUUAAGAAGGCGUCUUCCAGUCGGAUGGAGUACCAGUUAUCAGAGCCUCGUCAAAGAAUUUGUCAACCAGCAAGGUUUCUCCAACCAUGCUCUCGAACGUGCUCUAUACAUCCUUGAGAAGCGAGAGGUCAUUAGGUAUACUGCCCAGAGAAAGGUUAUCAAUCGGAUUGGAUUUAGUACGCAUUUGAACAUUGGACAAAUCUCCGAGUCGCCUAUCAUGCACUCCAGACGCUUGGUGCUGUUUUCUGUUUGGUCGACUCUUUGCAAGGAUAGCGCACUCGCCUCGUAUUCGGCGUUCUCGAAACUUGUGUUCCAGGCCAGCCCCACUGAGGGUCCAUGGCAAUCUUAUUCAUUUGCUCCUGAAAGCCGCGUGCAAUUGCCGGUCUCGGUAUUGUUUGCGAAUGGAUCAAUCACGCAUGCAAACUCUAUAGUUGCCCCAGAGCCUUAUCGGUCUAAUUUACCGCCGACUCAGUUGCAUGGAUUAUCCGCUGCGCUUACACUUGACUUUGGUAAAAAUAUUGCGGGUAUACCAACUAUCACAUUCGGCAAAGAAUCACAGCCAGGGGAAGUGUUUGGAAUGGCAUUUGCAGAAUCCAAACAAUUCAUCUCAAGAACGAGUGAUAGAGCGAUGGACUUUUUUGUUGAUGACGGAGCCCUGUUUCAUACCAUUAAACCUGGUGGGGCUGAAGAAUGGACUCCUCAAUACCGACAUAUGCGAGGUGCUUUCCGCUACAUGACUCUGUUCCUCAACUCGACAGGGACGGUAUCAAUUACGAACGUCAGAUGCUUCAAUAAUAUGAUGCCCCAUUGGGAAAAUCUCCGAAAUUAUGGAGGUUUCUUUUAUUCCUCAGAUGAUUUCUUGAAUAACAUAUGGUACGCGGGCGCAUAUACUAUCCAACUAUCUACUAUCCCACCCAAUACUGGGCGAGGGCAUGAUCAUUUCAUGGAACGCUAUGGCUAUGAUAAUUCAGCUCCUGCCGGGACCGGCGAGGCUGUAUUGACUGAUGGUGCCAGAAGAGACCGAACAGUGUGGGCUGGCGAUCGUGCUAUCAGUACAACAGCACAACAUUACACACUAAACGACGCCAAGUCUUCCCAGACUGGCCUUGAAUGGCUCUUCGCACAACAAGACCCUCUAACUGGACAAAUGCCAUAUGCGGCACCUCCCAUUGAUGAAUGGGGGUCUGAUACUUAUCAUUUGUGGUCGAUGGUCGUAUUGUACGACACUUACUUCUACGCAGGAGGCGACAAGGACUGGCUUUUGAAACCCCGACGCCAUGUCUCUGGAGGCGAAGUCUCGCUCUGGCAAGGUGCACAGCGUGCAAUUGAGUUUAGCAUCAGAAAAUUGAACGGUGGGCCGAAGUCCCAGGGGAAACCGGGACUGCUCUGGGUUGAUCACAAACUCGAUUGGGGCCGUGUCGAUCAGGGAGGGUACAACUUAGCCGCCAAUUGCAUAUUUGUACGUGCGCUGCAGAGAAUGGCAGAACUUGGCCAAGAAUUAGGCGAAUGGGAUAAAGUGCCGCUUUGGACCGACCUGGCCAAUAGCGUCAAGGAUGCAAUUAAUUUCAAGCUCUGGGAUGAUGGGAGGGAAUCCGUAUGGUUUAGCGUGACUGACAGCCAAGAGAAGGCGGCCCGUGUUAGUUCCGGCCUGAAGCGGAACUGGAACGAUUUCGGCACUGUUGCUCCAGAGUCACCUGGCAUGAUUUCUACGUUUAUUUCGGGAUUCGAGCUUCUUGCCCAUUUUGAGGCGGGAGAGGCCCAGCGAGCACUUGAUCUGAUCCAUUUGCUAUGGUGCUAUGUCUGGAAUUCACCAUAUGGGGUGCAGUCUUCUCUCAUCGAAGGCUACUAUAAGGACGGUCGCUGUUAUUACCCAUUCCAAGCGUAUGACCCAUCCUAUAUUUCUCACGCCCAUCCUUGGGCAUCCGGUCCAUCCAUCGUUCUAUCGCGUAACGUCGUUGGCCUUCGGUUUACCAACGCAGAACACACUACCUGGUCCGUCAUACCCGAGGCCAAGGUGGACCUUGAUUACGCGGUAGCUGGAGUAUCGAGCUCGAACGGUCAGCUGCUUACCUCAGGGUGGUCAAAGACCUCACCUUGGUCGCUUGAGUUAGCGAUCAAGGCGCCAGCUGGUACGCACGGCGUUGUCGGGGUGCCCGUCUUAUGGAAUGAAGCUCAGAGCUAUGAGGUUCGAAUCAACGGACAAAAAAUCAUCAGUGGGGUAGGAAAUGAAUUAGCAUCUGUCGAUUCAUUUGGCAAGGUGACGCCUCGUCGGGAGGACUCCCACCAUUUGAUGAUUGAAGAUUUAGGCGAGGGGAAUCAUUUUAUCCUUGUUGUAUUCAAUGAUUGA